AUGAGAUUCGCAUCGUACCUCUCAACGCUGGCCUUGCUGGCCUCAACAGCCUGCGCGGACGUCCAAGGCUUUGAUAUCUCCCAUUAUCAAACCACCGUCGACUUUGAAGCUGCGUAUGCAGGCGGUCUCCGCUUUGUCUAUAUCAAAGCCACAGAAGGCACGACCUACCAAGACCCCAAGUUCUCCUCUCACUACAGCGGCGCCACGUCCGCAGGCUUCAUCCGCGGUGCUUACCACUUCGCGCAGCCGGGGUCCAGCUCAGGCGCCGCACAGGCAAAUUACUUCGUCGCGCACGGUGGCGGCUGGACCUCCGAUGGCAUCACCCUCCCAGGCAUGCUCGACCUCGAAGUCUCCGACUGCGGAGGCCUCUCCACCACCCAAACGGUCGCUUGGAUCAAGUCCUUUUCUGAUCAGUACCACAGCCUGACAGGCCGGUAUCCCGUCAUCUACACAAAUCUGAGCUGGUGGACGACCUGCACCGGAAAUAGCGACGCCUUCAAGGAUGAUAGUCCGUUGAUGUUGGCGAGGUGGGCGAGUGCGCCGGGGACGAUCCCGGGGGGUUGGCCGUAUCAGACUAUCUGGCAGUAUAAGGAUAGUAAUGAGUUUGGGGGCGAUAGUGAUGUAUUUAAUGGGGGUGAAGCGGGGUUGAAGAAGUUGGCGACUGCUUAG